AAAGGUGGGAGUGGGAUGAAGAUAGGCGAAGCGAGUCGAGGGAGACAGCGGUACGAUGUGUUAACGAGUUGAAAAGAGAGAAAGGGAGAGAGAGAGAGAGAAGGCGCGAGGGACGGAGAGAGAAAGGGAUUGAAGGAGGGAUAUAGAGAGACAACUCGGUCGAAUGUGGGCUCCGGUAAAGUUGCUGCUGUUGCUGGAUGAUGGUGGAGGGAGUCGUUGUCCUCGGGAGUCCUCGUUCACCGGUCGCGACUGGUUAUACCGACGAGUCAUCAGUUCUCCGUGAAACGCGGUCUCGUUCGGUUCCCAUCGACGUUUCGUCCCCCCGAGCUCGCGAGUUUUUCGACGUGUGGGUGCGUUGUUAUUUUUAUUAUGUACUUUCAUUUCGUUCUCGAUCACCCUCCUUUUCUCACUCUCUGUUAAUCUCCUUCCCUCUCGGUUACUCCUGAUUUUUGUACGUUCACUGUGAACCCAGGUGGCGAGGAGACACGAAACCUUCGCUGUUGAGAGGCUCGAUCCUUCGCUAUGGAAACGCCACGUGAUUAAACGCCAAGUUCAACGGGAACGCGUUGCUGUGCUUAUGGAUGUUUGGCUGCCUCUUACCCAUCGGAUAAAAUCACUGAUUUUCAUGCCUGUCACUAAUUACCUCGUCGAUCCAACGAACUAAGCACUCGACAUCCUACCGAUAAAUCUCUCUUCGGGAAAUGAUCAAUCUCGCUGACUAAUGGAUUCGCUUCGCAACGGGACGAACUUUCUGUCCUUCAUUUCUCUCUGUUAUGCCAGUCCAGUGAACUCGCCACUCGAGAGGAUUUUCAUUACAAAAGAACUUGAUACUAAAAACCGUGGACCUCGAACCCGCUCUCCCUCCUUUCUCCACUUUUUGACCAUUUCCGUUUCUCUCUCUCGUCCUUUUUCGUGCACUCUCCUCUCUUUCUCUACCUCGCUGCUUCCUAACUUCGCAGUCGAGUCGACCAGGUGCUCUUGGCCAUUUUGAUACUGCUCGACAGAGCAAAACAACGCUAUUUUUAUCUUUCCGCGUCUUUGUACAGGUCCUUCGAUACUUUCCAUCGCUCAACGGUUUCCUCGCUCUCCUCAAAGUUCAUCCACGCGAGCGUUUUUUAUCACGAGGUUGCCGCCGCCGCCACCGCCACCGCGCGCCCGUGUGUUUGUGCAAGCGAGUUCUCUCCUGUGUUCGUACGCCGUGUGCAUAACGCGAUUUGUUUGUGCGCCUUGUGUCAGUGUCAGUACGCUCGUCGGUGGGGAACCCCAUCGACGAGUAUCUUACCUCCGAGUCUCUUGGCUCCUCGGCCUGCCGCGCUGCUUUUCCUCUCUGUUCUCCCUUGCUCACCUCGCACACCGGCCAAUCCACCGCACCAGAGAGAGAGAAAAGAAUAUGUUUAUCGUCUCGGAGCUGUUGACCGAUGACGAGCAUCCGAUUGGAUUCCGAAGAAUAAACCCCGAAGGGUUGCGAAACCUUUUUUUCCUCGAUCCCGUGGGAAUACGCCGAAGAUUUUCAUCAGGAAGGAAAAUAUCGAGAGGAAAAACGAAGUAGAGAGGCUUGCUGAAGAAUAAAAGGGCAAAGAGAAGAGAAAAGGAGGAAAAAUAUCGAGAGGAAAGAAGGGAUCGAUAUUGCCGGGAGAUUGAGAAGAGGAAAGAGGCGGAGGAGAAGGUCUGCAAAUUACGGAGUCGCAGAAAAGCGAGGUAGACAAGGGCAGAUCUAAUAACCGACUGGAAAAAGGUGUUUUAUUGAUGCAUCAGUGAUGCGACUGGAGUGCAGUGUGCCAAGUUGGGUGCUCGAUACACCGGGCAACAGAUAGCGUUAGUGGUCGCGCGCGCGGCUACCGAUGCGUGCUUCUACGCUUCCGCAUGAGGCCCACGGACGGCGACAUUUUUCGGCUCGUCUUGGUUAUUCAACGAUAAUCACGAGGACGACGUCGAGCAUGCCAAUCGUCCUUCCGAUAUUAUGGCCAUCUUAUCCAUGCAUCAAACACUCCCAACAAACGACGAGUCUGCGACUGCUCGAUCUAGCCCUAAUCACCCUCGUUUGGCUCAUCGCUGUUGCCGAUACUUCACCUUUGCCGCAGCCUGUACCACCGCACACGGGAAUCACGCGAGGCUCUUACAUCGGGCAUUAUGGAAUCGCGUGGUACGAUGCAACCGCCUUGCGAUCGCACCGAAACCGAGUACGUCGAGAUACAUCGGAGGCUGUGAAAGAUCAGCCAUUGGUGCUCCGUCUUCACGCUCUUGACAAGCACUGGACGAUGCGUCUCGUUCGCGAUAAUAAUCUAUUCGCGAAAGAUGCCACUUUUGAGGGAACCGAGGGUCCAAUUCCAUUCGACAUGUCACAUUCCUACGUCGGCACGAUCGAUGGGGACGAGAACGCGGUGGUACAGGGUCUCAUUACCGAAGAUGGCCUUUUCGAUGGAACCGUUGCAACGGGCUUCGAAGAAUACUACAUCGAGCCGAGCAGCCGAUACUUGGAAGGAAACGAGAACACGUCGCCCUCUUAUCAUACCAUAGCGUACAGGGCUUCCGAUGUAACGACACCGCCCCAUCCGCGUCGUUGCCCCAGUCACGAAUUGCAUCGGGGAACUCUUCAAGAUUCUUUUUAUCGCGAUAGGGAAUUCUCGAACAAAACUGGUGGGCCGUUCUACGAGCGUUUGCAGGACAACGAGGUGCGAAAACACGGUGGUUUUUACUCGAAAGAGGCGAAAAUCAGAAGCGAUACUGCGGAGAAGAACGAGAGUUUAGGGUACGUCGUUAAAAUCAACAGGGAAAGAUUCGUCAGGCAUUUGCACAAGCGAGAAACGGUCGAUCCUCGUAAAACAACGUGCAUGCUUUAUUUACAAGCGGAUCAUCAAUUUUUUGCGAGGUAUGGAACGGAGGAAGCGUGCAUCGAAGUGAUGACGAGGCACGUUCAGAGGGUUAAUUCGAUCUACAAGCAUACCGAUUUUAAUCAAGACGGACGACCCGAUAAUAUCAGUUUCAUGAUAAAAAGGGUCAAGGUUCACAGCGGGGAAGCUUUGAGGGACCCGAACUACCGGUUCCCUGGCAACUACGGAGUCGAGAAGUUUCUCGAGCUCUUUUCUGAGGAAGAUUACGAUGCCUUCUGUCUCGCCUACAUGUUCACGUAUCGGGAUUUCGAGAUGGGAACUCUCGGCCUCGCCUGGACCGGGGAUCUCAAAAACGCCGGUGGUGUCUGCGAAAAAAAUGGGCACUACCGUGGCAGCAUGAAGUCCCUCAAUACCGGAAUCGUGACACUUCUCAAUUAUGGAAAACACGUGCCCCCUGCUGUCUCACACGUCACUCUCGCACAUGAGAUUGGACACAAUUUCGGUUCACCUCACGAUCCAGAACAGUGCACUCCGGGUGGUGAAAAUGGUAACUUCAUCAUGUUCGCACGUGCGACCAGCGGGGACAAGAGAAACAACAACAGAUUCAGUCCCUGCAGCCUCAACUCCAUAAAUCCUGUUCUCAAUACCAAAGCUCGAUCUCCGAAAGGCUGCUUCACCGAGCCUCAAGCUUCCCUCUGCGGAAAUGGCGUCGUCGAAGAAGGAGAGGAGUGUGAUUGCGGAUGGGGAGAAGAUUGUCGUGACUCGUGUUGCUUCCCUCAACGUCGUUAUCCACCUGCUGAGGAAACACCUUGCACUUUGACACCGGGUUCAAUUUGCAGUCCGAGUCAGGGUCCCUGUUGUACGACCGAAUGCAAGCUCAGAUUCGGGGACAAAUGCAGGGACGACAAUGGCUGCAGAGACGCCAGUUUCUGUGACGGUAGAGCACCCUAUUGUCCACCAUCGAUCAACAAACCCAACAAAACUAUAUGCAACCAAGAGCUCGUGUGCUUCAUGGGGGAGUGUACAGGCAGCAUUUGUCUGGCUUACGGACUCGAAUCCUGUCAAUGUAUUCCCGGACCGAACGAUCUGCAAACCAAAGCCUGCGAACUCUGCUGUCGCCUUCCUGGUGAAAAUCAACCUUGCCUAUCGUCAUUCGACUGGAACGCACCUCCUUACGACAUCCCGGACAUGUUCUCCAAGCCCGGGACACCGUGCAACGAUUACAACGGCUACUGUGACGUCUUCCAAAAGUGUCGAGAGGUCGACCCGAGCGGACCACUGGCAACUUUGAGAAAGUUGUUGCUCUCGGACGAGAGUCUUGCAACUUUCAGGCGAUGGGUUUCCGAUCACUGGUACGCCGUCGCUCUCAUAGUUUUGGGAGCAAUUUCGUUACUGGUGGCCAGCAUUCGGUUCCUGGGCAAACGGCCGGACCUCAAGCUCAAAUCGGUAACAAUAAUACACAGCUCAACAACGGAAACGGUUCGUCUACCCCCGGAGGGAACGGAAGGAGUGACGGUGCAUCCCCCAGCUGUCCGGGCGAAAUUGCCGCUCAGUCGGAAGGUCAGGGAGAAGAGACGACACCGAAAGCAUAAAGAUACGAUUAUCACAGUGGGUAACAACAACGAUAAGUCGACAAAGGUUGUGAAGAAGAAGAAGAAGAAACGAGUGGGACCGGUGUCGGUGGAGGAGCAGCCAGCCAGAAAGCGAAUAGCCGAAGUUGCGAACCUCUCAGUGGCUGCUCAAGAUGCGAACAAUGUUCCGGGCAAGAAGCCGACAAAGGAAAGCCCGACGAACGAGAUUGGGGCUGUCGGAACAGUGGUUGGAGCUGGACAACAAACGGGGCCCGUGAGUGUUGGCUUGGUCGGAAUUAUUGGAGGAGGAUCGGGAGGGCUUGCAGCUUCGAAGAAGAAGCGAAAGAAGAAAGAGGUGAUCGAUUAUUCGGCGGCUCAGGCGGAGAACGAGAGUCCGGGUGGUCCAGGGGGUGGAGCCGUCGGCGACAAUGCAGAUCCGAAGAGCAAAGUUCGUUCUUGGUUGUUGGCCUCGCAGUGCCGGGUUGAGCGGACAUCCUCGAGUGGCUUACCAAAGAGUAAAUCGACUCCGGUCGGUUUAACCAGUACGAGAGUGGCUGCCAGUCGCGGAGUGGUCGGAGCCGCGGGAAGAGUUCGCCAAGUGACACUCAGAAGGCUAACCGAUCCGAAAGCACGUAGCGCCGGUUCGCUAACGCGAAGCGAGACUAAAAACGAUCGUGUCAGACUCCAGGUCGUCUACAAGCCACCCUUCAAGUUCAGCGUCAAGCUUCGCAAAGCCGACAAAGUUGGACAGAUGCCGGGGAACCAUGCCCCGGCAACUACGAGGAACAACACUCAAAUACCCAGAACAGGAGUGCUGGUCAGGACUACCGGUUGCAAAAAAAGCAAAGAUCGAGUUCGCACCAGUCAUGGAAAACAGAUGAUGAUUCCUGGCAACGGCAGAUCCAACAGUGCCAUGAUCCAAGAACCUGCCAAUUCGGACGUUCACACCGUACCAUCCGACCUGGAAGUAUUGCUCUCCGAAAGUGAAUUCCUCUUCUCGGAUGCGUGACCCAGGCGAGCCAGAUCUCUUCUCGCGGUUCUCGCUCGAUGAGAAAUCCCCGAAGAGACGACUCACCCACAUUCUCUUUGUUUUACCAUUCGCCAACGGAGGUGGCUAAUCUUGGGGCUGAAUCUUCAUCAACUCGAAUAAAUCCGAUACGUCCGAUCGAUCCGUACGACUCGAGUGCCCUUUCGAGCCAGUUCAGGGGUGGAAAAUUCGUUGAGAAAUAGUCCAACUAGUCUUUCGCGACUCCGUUCAUAUCGGGCUGAGCUACGACGCUUCGACCUUUCUUCUUAACUCGCUUCCCUUUAUUUUGUCUUUGGACGAUGUCAUGCGCCAUCUUUUUUACAAUUACGAUCAACUCUCCUCCAUUUGCCAAUUGCCAAUGGACCGAUCCACUCUCUUGCUUCAUCGUUAUGAGACGACGAAUUGACGGGGUCGCGAGAUACGUGAUAAAACACUGUACAUAUACCGUUUACUGUGAUUAUUUCUUCCAACGUGGUCAAGUCCCAAGCCGCAUUGUGUCGCGUUUGUAUCGAAUGCAUGAGUUUUCAGUAUCGAAAGUGAGAGCGAGCGAGAGAGAAAAUGAGAUACGAAGAAAAUGAUGUUAAACGUCUUCCGAUUAGUGAAUAAUCGGUAUUCGCUUGGGACACCGGGAACAAAUUAGUUAGCGACAUAUUAUAGUGUCAAGAACUGUACUUAAUUCGUAUUGACUAUUAACUUACUUUAAGUAUUCGCGACGAAUAUCAAUCGAUGUUCGUUCUGGUGCGAGAGAGCGCGGAUUCAUAAUGUGGCUCCUUUUUUUUUUUAUUACAACGAACAUUAUUCAUGUGCAGUUACUAGAAAAAUCAUCAAUUAACAUUCAGGAAUAAAAUGAAUCCAGAAACGAGACGGUGGACAUUAAUGACAGUGGAGCUAAGGAAAAUUUGCUGGUACAAGUACAAAAUCAUUUGGAAUAGGAGUUUCAAUAUUUAUACGAAAAACCCGGCAAAAAAAGCAAUGAAAAAUUGAUCAAACGUCUGCUACUUUAUUGUAGACGAUCGAAGGAACAUUUAAAUUCUGGAGAAAAUUGAUUAUCCGACAACGUUUGACCUCUCAAUGAUUCUUUCACGAAUUCAAUCUCCACGACAGCUGUUCAUUUCAGCCUAAUUUUCAUUGAAAGCACAAUCAAAAUUAUUCAUUUGUAUCCAUUCUUUGAAAGAGUAUACGAAAAUGAGAAAUUUUAUUCCACCGAACCGCACUUGGUUCAUUCGUUCGAAGGAUACUCCUGCCAUAAUCAAGUGCACUCGGACGUUAAAAGAUAAAUAAAGUAAAAUAAGAGCUGCUUCAUGAGCGAGCGGGGUUGGAAUGAAACUCGAGAAAAUUCCUCGUCACGAAUAUGAAUCGAAUGUUUGUGAUUGGUCAAUAGACGUUCACCCUCUUCGGAGCUCCGUUUCAAUGAAAUAAUAACGAUGUUAAUCAUAACAAUGAAACACACGAAAAUAAUCGUCAACCGUUUAUUCGUUGCGUUACGUGCCAAUUGACGAACACAAAGAUGAAAGUGGUGAUGAGAAAAGAGUUUAAAAAUUACUGUUCACUGCCCGGAUGAAAAAAGGCUGGUCGACCACAGGGCUGAGAUCAUCGCGAUUUAGCUACACUAACGAUAAGUAUUUACGUUGGUAGUCGACGAUCAUAAUUUGCUCUAAAUCAGGCCAGUUCACGGAAUUCCGGAUGCUUAUGAGAUUCAGCAGAUUGUUCACAUUGCCGAAAAACUUCGAGAGGCACGAAGGAGCCAACGAUAAACAACCAAGUUUAUCAACGCUCCUUGGUCUUUCUCCUUUCUUCGUUUUAUUCGUAAUUGUAAAUUUUAGUCAACUCGCGAGUUAACUCGUAUCGAAUUUCCUAUAACGGUAUUGAGCUCGUGGCGUUGAUUGUCUACCUCUCCGAAGAUUAUCGAGUCCACAACGAGCGCCGUAUCAAUCCGUCGUUCCUGUAUAGCCGAGGAAACUUAAGUCGGACGAACUCACUUAUAUUUUUUAUGCUCUUGUAAAUAAACGAGGAAAGAGGAGAGUAAAGAAGUUGAAAUAAUAAUAAUAACAAUAUGACGGUGGUAUAAAUAAUACCAGUAAUAUUAAUAACAUUUGUCAUAAGUAUGAAAAACCAUAAUAUCGACAUGAAUAAUGCUAUCUUUAAUUUUGUCACAUGUACUAUGAAUACAAAGUAUAAAAUAGUUAAUACGCCAAUCUCCAGUAACUAAAUUUCCAAGCCGAGAUUAACUCCAAUGUCUCCAGCUAUUGUCGUCCCAGAAUCAAGUUUGGCCAUGUAUAAUGUUACAAAUUAAGACUAAAUACGACGACGAGCCUCGUUCUUUAAAAAAAAAAAAAAAAACAAGAAAAACAGAAAAAAAGAAAAACAAUUUAAUGAAGAUGCGGUGAUGAAAAUCACCAGGUCGCUGAUGUAUUUUUGCACGGACUUUGUAUAAAUAACAACUCUAACGAAGGCUGUAUUCGUGUGUACUGUGUAUAUAACGAUGUACUAAUAAACGAUAGAAAUUAUGACAAGUA